AUGGCUUGUCUGGAUCCUCCAUGGACUCGGGAGUCUCAGAACUCCCCGUUACUCAAGCACUUCUUGUUGCAGCCAGGCUGGAAAGCCUUUGCCCCCCACUGUGGCAUGCCUGCAGACCCUAACCUGGGGCUUUGUCUUUGCAGGAGCAGGAAGAUCCAGAUCCGAAACAUCCCCCCCCACCUGCAGUGGGAGGUGCUGGACGGCCUGUUAGCUCAGUAUGGGACGGUGGAGAACGUAGAGCAAGUCAACACAGACAUAGAAACAGCCGUUGUCAACGUAACGUAUGCAACUAAAGAAGAAGCAAAAGUAGCAAUUGAGAAGCUGAGCGGCCACCAAUUUGAGAACUAUUCCUUCAAGAUUUCCUACAUCCCGGAUGAAGAGGUGAGCUCCCCUCCACCCCCCCAGCGAUCCCGCCGCGGGGGCCACUCUUCCAGGGAGCGGGGCUCCUCCCCGGGGGGCUCCUCGCAGCCCAAACAGCUCGAUUUCCCACUGCGGAUGCUGGUGCCCACGCAGUUUGUUGGUGCGAUCAUAGGAAAGGAGGGCUUGACCAUAAAGAACCUUACUAAGCAAACCCAGUCCAAGGUUGACAUCCAUCGGAAGGAGAAUGCCGGCGCUGCUGAAAAGCCUAUCACCAUCCAUGCCACGCCAGAGGGGUGCUCCGAAGCAUGUCGCAUGAUCCUUGAUAUCAUGCAGAAGGAGGCUGAUGAAACUAAAUCAGCAGAAGAGAUUCCCUUGAAAAUCCUAGCACACAACAGUCUGGUGGGGAGGUUGAUUGGCAAGGAGGGCCGCAACCUCAAGAAGAUCGAGCAGGACACUGGCACGAAGAUCACCAUCUCCCCUUUGCAGGAUUUAACCAUUUAUAACCCUGAGCGGACCAUCACGGUGAAGGGCAGCAUGGAGGCAUGCUCCAGUGCCGAAGUGGAGAUCAUGAAGAAAUUGCGAGAGGCCUAUGAGAACGACGUGGUGGCCGUCAAUCAACAAGCCAACCUGAUCCCUGGACUGAACCUCAGUGCUUUGGGCAUCUUCUCGACGGGGCUGUCCAUGCUUCCAUCCACACCGGGGGCCCGAGGGGCUGCGGCAGGCCCACCCCCAUACCACCCGUUUGCACAGCAGAGCGGUCGGAGGAGAACGAGCUCCUCAGCAUACCUCUCAGGUCUGUACGGAGCCCCCCCAGCCAGCGCCUUCCCCCAUCAGCACCCUCUGCCGGAGCAGGAGGUUGUGAACUUGUUCAUCCCGACACAGGCAGUGGGGGCCAUCAUCGGGAAGAAGGGGCAGCACAUCAAGCAGCUGGCACGGUUUGCCGGCGCCUCUAUCAAGAUCGCCCCAGCAGAAGGCCCCGACGCCAGCGAGCGGAUGGUCAUCAUUACGGGGCCACCCGAGGCUCAGUUCAAGGCCCAGGGGCGAAUAUUUGGGAAGCUGAAAGAGGAAAACUUCUUUAACCCGAAAGAAGAAGUGAAGCUUGAAGCCCACAUCAAGGUGCCUUCCUUCGCCGCCGGCCGCGUGAUAGGCAAAGGUGGCAAGACGGUGAACGAACUGCAAAACUUAACUAGUGCAGAAGUCAUUGUGCCACGAGACCAAACCCCGGACGAGAAUGAGGAGGUCAUCGUUAAAAUCAUUGGGCAUUUCUUUGCCAGUCAGACUGCACAGCGCAAGAUCAGGGAAAUCGUACAGCAGGUGAAGCAGCAGGAGCAGAAACACGCUCAGGGAGCCCCGGCCUCGCAGCACAGCAAGUGA